CUUGCGGCGCCUGCGCAAACUGAUCGAAUUCAUUAUUGUAACUUUCAUCGCUCCAUCGCUCAACGUCUGAAGUUUUUCUAGACGCACGGAAUGACUAUUUUCUCCGAUGAAUCUACAGCACCUCGGCCCUGAGUAGCUCUCAACGCAAAUAUAAAUUCUCAGCCACCAUGGCGAGUCAACAGUACUCGUUACGAUGGAACAACUACGUACGGCACAUGACAAGUGCGUUUGAAUCUCUUCGAAGUGACAGAGACUUGAUCGAUGUCACCCUCAGCUGCGAAGGAAAGAAAAUCCCAGCCCACAAAAUGCUGUUGUCAGCAUGCAGUUCCUAUUUCAAAGACUUAUUCAAGGAGAAUCCUUGCCAGCACCCCGUCAUUAUUUUCCGAAAUGUCACAUUCGAUGAUCUCAUGGCAUUGGUCGAUUUUAUGUACAACGGGGAGGUCAACGUCGAGCAAGAACAAUUAGCAUCAUUCCUCAACACAGCUGAACUGCUUCAAGUACAGGGUCUCACAAACAGCAGUAAAGACCAAGAGAAAGUGAAAAAGACUGCCAAAGAGGAUGAAAGAGUACCUGCCUCUGGUUCUCAUUUUGAGGAGGACGUGGAGGAAAGAACAUCAACGCCAACGAGGAGUGGGCCUCCUGCGGCCAAGAAGAGAAAAUGGCAAUCGCCAAAUAGAACAGAAAGUCCAGCAGCAGUCCUCGAAUCCCAAACUGCACAAGGAAGUGCGGAUGGGGAUGAGGAUGUGCAGUCAAUUGAACAAGUGCCUUUAAAAACAGAAACUCCAGAUUACGACGAAGACGAAGAUAUACAGGCAGGAUCUGGUGUUGAUGACACAGCAGAUGAACAGGACAUUGUACAGAAACUUCAGAAAAGUGAUCAACUUGUGUUAACAUCCAACCGCAAUAGGACUUCCAACAAUGAACAUUCUCUUUUUGGCAACAACUCCGUGGACAUGGACUCUGGUGAUAUGAGCAGUUUCGGAAUGGCAGGACCAUCGAACGAAAGCAUGGGUCAGGAGGGAAUGCAAGUCUCGCAUGAGUCCGAGGAGGAAACGCUGGGCGAAUUCGUGCUAGUUUCACAAUUAAACGCAGACCGCAAAGUGUAUAGCGAGGCAAAGAUGAGUUUGCGAGAUGGCAGAUACUUUUGCGGAUACUGCAAAAAACACUACUCGGACCGGUCAAAGUGCCGAACGCAUAUUGACUCGCACCUGGGCAAGGCCACUUGCUUCAUUUGCCAAAAGACCCUGAGCAAUUUGGUCAACCUAAAGCCGCACCUGCUCACGCACAUCCAAAAAAUGCGGUGCAAAAUUUGCGGCCAGUUCUUUGCAUAUUGGGGGUUGAAGAAACAUGCCAAAGCUGAACACAACGCUGACCCUAAGGAUAUCGAGCAAUUUCUAGACAAUCAAAGUGUGCAAAUUGUCAGAAAUAUCUCUGCAUUCAACGAGCCUGAUGGCGAUUUGAAGCUGGGAAGGGAAUUUGAAGAGAUAAACCGCUUGUACAAUUUUUAGUAAAUCUAAAUAAUAACAUUUUAUAGAAUCUGGAAUUAAAGUUUUUUUAAGCUAAUAUAAAGUAGUUGUGAUUUUUCAGAAAUGAUCGUUUAACCAAACAUGUUUGUAGCUGAGCUAGAAAGGUCUUGUCAAGGAGGAAGUCACAUUCACUAAUUAACCUACAGCUUUGCAACUACCAUGGGGCAAAUUCUGCUGCAGCAUUAUUUGCGAUAGGGAGUAAUCAACCAAGCAAGCUUGAAAACACACCGGAAACUCCACCUUGGCAAUGCCAAAUUUACUCCAAAGGCAUGCCCUGAGAAACCACCAAUGAUCAAAUCCUAAUGGAGAAUACAGCCGCCUGUACUGCAAGGAAGAAUUCUCGGAGUCAAUUGUGUGCAAAAUCUGCAAGAGGAAGAUCAAAUCCAACUACUUCAGCGCAUGCAUCAGUUUAUGCUUCCAUUAUUUGAAAAAUUAACACGGCUGAAGAAGUCUUGUUUAGAGAAAACGCUGGCCAAGACAAAGAGGGGCGAACCUGAAGAAAAUUUGAUAUGGCCAAUAAUUGCCUGAUCAAGAGUCAUUUAAAUGGAGAUUAAGUUAAUUUUCAAAGACUGCAGACAUACAUUGAAAUUUUAAUUAGGUACUUUGAACUUUUAGAUUUAAAAGCUCUGAAGAAAUGCUAUAAAGAUUUGAAUUAGGGUCUCCGAAAACGCCAAAAAUCCCCUUAAAAAUAAUUAAAAAAAAAAAAAAAAAAAAAAAAAUGCAAAAUGAAAA